AUGGACGCUACCCCUCGUUUCCGGCUGUUCGACAACCGCCGGGGGAGCAGCAACCAGAUGGACGAAGAAGCAGGUCAGGCGACGGCGACCUUGCCCCGCCGGCGCAUGCUUACCUCCUCCGUUGCCGUCGCGAGACAGCGAAGGCGUAACCGGAGGAGGCCCGGCGACCGCCGAGGCCUAGCGGCUCUCGUCCCGCGACUGCUGGCUUCUUCCGUCUCUAGAGCAAGCCGGCGCCGAGCGCUGCUGCUCCUGCUGGUGCUCGCGGCGUGCGGCGCCGGGGUACUCGCGAGCGCUAGGCUGCUGGCCCGGGCGUCGUUGUCGUAUUCGUCCUGGCCGUCCUCGUCGUCCCUGCCAGGAUACUUGCAUUCUUCUGGCGCAGGCUCCACUGAUAGAGACGACAACGAUGAUGAUGAUGAUGAUGAUGAUGAUGAUGAUGCCGAUCGCCAUAAGCACCGACGCCCCGCCGUGAGUCUCGGCCCAGACGCGAUCCCUUCCGUGUUGCUGGUCGAGCGAGGGCCGUCAGGCUUGCCGUCUGGCCCGGCGCUGCCCGGCGGCGCGCGGAAAGCGAGCAGCCUUGUUGAUGUGACGGGAGCCGUGCUAGGUGAUGGCGGCGGCGGGGGCGAGAUACGGGGAGGGGAGGGGCGAGAGAACAGUAGUAAUCCCUACCGGUGUCGCAACACCGUUCAAGGGGCUACGCUCGUGGCGGACUCAGAAGGGAGGGUGUGUCACCGUGCGGAGCUAAUAGUAGAGGAAGGCGACGAUGAUGAUGUCCGCCACCGCCCGGGGUGUUGCGCCCCGCGCCCACCAGCGCUACCGCUGCUGCCGCCGCGCGACGGUGGCGGCGGCGGCGGCGGCGAUCUCGCCGUCAGUUCUCCUCCUGCGACUGACGACAAGCACAAGCAUCCUCCCGCGGCACCACAUUCCGGCCCGGCGACGACAAGAACAGAGACCCGCCGCGGGGUAGAGGGAGGCGUGAGCGUGGAGCUGGUGGAGCUGGGGGAGCUGGCGCACGGCGGCGGCGGCGGCGGCGGCGGCGGCGGCGCGGGGGGCUUUCCACCGGAAGAGGCCCUGUCGACGCCAUUCUCGUGCUGGAGCUGCGACGUGGGAGAAGACGGCCCCUCCGGGAACAACGGCGGUGGAAACGACAGCUCUUUUUUCUCGUCAUGUUGCAGCUCGUAUGAGUUUUGCGUGUCUUGCUGCCAGAACCCCCAGCGGGGGAAGGAGCGGGAGGCCAUUCAGGCGUCAGCCGCGCUCUCGGGACACCCGGCCUAUCGCGACCUCCUAGGGCCCGGUAAUAACGACGCGUCGAACAGGAGAGAACUGCCACCCCCGCGUCAGCUCCAGGCUUCGCAUGCGGCAGCGGAAGCAGGAGUUGAAAAAAGCCAAGAGGAAGCAGAAGAACGCGACGCGCGAGAAAUGGCCUUCGCCCACUGCGCCUUCCGAUGUCGGACCUACUCCGGAAGCGUCGUACACGAGAACUCUUACCGCAGCCCGCUCAAGCACUGCUUCGGGAGGUUCCGCCCUCCAGCUGCAUCAGCAGCAGCGGCUGCGUUGCCUGGGGGACGGGCUGGGGUGGUAGAGGGCCGGGAGAGCCGAGGGGCGCCGCCACACCAGGUGGACCCUCUUCUUUUUGACUUGGCGGAGCCAUGAGCUUGGAAGCCGGAGGGUGGAUGGCCCGGGUCUUCACAUCUGUCUGUACAUAGCCAAUUGUGUUGUUUUGUUGGUGGAUAGACGAGUGUUCCCGCCGGGACUCGACAGAUGCGUUUUGUUGCGGGCAAAGGUUGCCAGUCGUACACCAUACAAUAGAGCUUGAAGAUAUGUUGUACAUCUUCUAUGCAUAACACUGGCUGUUCUUUUCUUCUUGCGUGUGUGAAGGAACUUAAACAUGUAGAUCUUGAUGCCGUUUCUCGCUCUUGGGCGGAUCGGUUGGGAUAGCUUCAGAUAUCGAUGUAGCUCAGUUCACGUUUUCUUUGGGGGCCUUUUCGUGGCUCCUUUACCUUCGUGUCCUCUUUUGUGUAUUGUGCCUGGCUGGCAAUAGGAGAUGUGUGCGUGGAUGGAUGCAUACGUGCGAAAAUCAGAGGCAAGCGUACCGUAGGUGCGCUUCGAACGGGGGCAAUAAAAAUGAGAGG